CCAGCUCCUAGAGAGGAGGUUGCCUACGUGACCUGUACCUACAGGGAAACAGGCAUCGACGAACCUGACUUCCUGGCCACCAUCGAUCUCAACCCCAGAUCUCCAUGUUAUGGCCAGGUGAUCCACCGCCUGCCCAUGCCCAACCUCAAAGACGAGCUGCAUUCCGUGGGCUGGAGCGCUGGCUGCACCUGCUUUGACAAUGUCACAACGAGAAGGAACAAGCUGAUUCUUCCCUGUUUGAUUUCUUCCCGCAUUUACGUGGUGGAUGUGGGUUCACAGUGCCGCGCUCCCAAGAUCUGUAAGAUGAUUGAGCCAGUGGAUGUCUUCUGGGACUGCAACAAGGCACACCUCAAUGUGCCUCGCAGCCUGCCUAAUGGUGAUAUUCUGAUUGCCAACAUGGGAGAUCCAUCUGGGAAUGCGAAAGGUGGAUUUAUUGUGCUGGAUGGAGAGACCUUUGAGCUGAAGGGGAACUGGGAAAACCGGUGUGAGGUCCCCCCGACUGGAUACGACUUCUGCCUCCAGCCCUGCCACAAUGUUCUGGUCAGCGCUGCGGGAGCAGUCCCAAAACGUAUAGGACGUGGAUUUAACCCCGACGACUUGAAGAAAGGGGUCUUUGGGCGCCGCCUGAACAUCUGGAACUUGUCCUGCCGCAGCCUCAUCCAGUGUUUUGACCUGGGGGAGGAUUCUCUGCCCCUGAGUGUUAAAUUCCUCCACAACCCCAAUGCUGCCGAGGGAUACGUCAGCUGUGCCCUGAGCGGCAUCGUCUACCGCUUCUACAAGUGCGAGAGAGACAACUGGGCAGUAGAGGAGGUGAUUCGGAUACCGGCCAAGGACGUGGCGGGAUGGAUUAUGCCCAAGAUGCCAGCCUUCACAUUCGACCUGGUCAUCUCAAAGGACGACAAGUACCUGUAUCUCAGCAACUGGCUGCACGGAGACAUCCGCCAGUAUGAGCUCUCCAAAACCUGCAAGCCCAGGCUGGUGGGACAGGUGUUUGUGGGAGGCAGCAUCCUCAGAGGUGGCCCCGUGGCGGUGUGUAGAGAUGAAGAGCUGCAGUGCCAGCCGGAGCCCUUGGUGAUCAAGUGCAAGAGAGUGUACGGCGGCCCUGGUAAACUGCAGCUCAGCGCGGAUGGCAAGAGGCUGUACGUCACCAACUGCUUCUACAGCACAUGGGAGAAGCAGCUCUACCCGAACGUGGUCAAGUAA